AUGAGCGUUGCAUUACGGUACCUUGGUGUUUUCGCACUGGCCUGUUUAGUUGUCGCCCUGCCCCAGGUAGAAUGCAGAUGUCCUGCGGGUGCCACUAACUGGAUCGAGAAAAACAGCACCUGCUACAAUUUCAUCAGAAAGGAGGAAACAUGGGACCAGGCCAGACUCCAGUGUGCCUUUGAAAGCGCCAAUGCAGAUCUCGUCAUGCUGAAAACUGCAGAUGAACUUACCUACGUCCACACCUUGGUACAUGCCGGAAUCGUCAUCGGUUGCGGUAAGAAAUACUGGAUUGGACUAAACGAUAGAGAGCUGGAGGGGGAGUUCAAGUGGGUGGAUGGAACAACUGCUGGGUACACAAACUGGGCAAGAUUCGAACCCAAUAAUGCGUUCAGGGAAGACUGCACUGAGAUGGGGUACGAAGAUGCACAAUGGAACGACGAAGACUGCGGCAGGAAAAGGUGUUUUGUGUGCGCAGUGACCUCUGAUUAG